CUCCUGCUAAUCCUCCAGCAUCAUCGCAGCAACAAAGGAGGCUAACACAAAGCGCUACUUUGAGUUCAGUUUAACAGAUUUCUAACCUAUUAUUUGCUAUGGCAGCAAUCAGGAAAAAGCUGGUUAUAGUGGGAGAUGGAGCCUGUGGAAAGACCUGUCUGCUCAUUGUGUUCAGUAAGGACCAGUUCCCUGAAGUCUAUGUGCCCACAGUGUUCGAGAACUACGUCGCCGACAUUGAAGUUGAUGUCAAACAGGUUGAAUUAGCUCUGUGGGAUACAGCAGGUCAAGAAGACUACGACAGGCUCCGCCCCCUCUCCUAUCCAGACACUGAUGUCAUUCUUAUGUGCUUCUCCAUCGACAGCCCAGACAGUCUUGAAAACAUCCCUGAGAAGUGGACCCCUGAGGUGAAACAUUUCUGUCCUAAUGUUCCCAUCAUACUGGUGGGAAAUAAAAAGGACUUGCGUAAUGAUGAUCACACUCGGAGAGAACUAGCCAAAAUGAAGCAGGAACCUGUGAAACCAGAGGAUGGACGAGAUAUGGCUAACAGGAUUGGUGCCUUUGGAUACAUGGAGUGCUCUGCAAAAACAAAGGAUGGUGUGAGGGAAGUGUUUGAAAUGGCCACCAGGGCUGCACUACAAGCCAGACGAGGAAAGAAGAGCAAUAAAUGUAACCUACUGUAAACGGGGGCCAUGAGGACUGCUUCCCAUAGGGUGCAAGAAGGAGAAUUGGGUCAAUCCUACCCCCAGACAAACCCCCACAAAAGACUAUUGUCCCCCCCCUUUUUUUUUUUCCAAAGGUGUAAUGCUUUUACUGUUUUGUCUUAAGCAGAAGUAGUCAGGUUGUCAGUAUUCAACUAUGAGGUUAUGGAAAUACUUUUUUGUACUUUUAACAUGAGUAAAAAUUUGCCAUAAGGAAACCUCCUUUAACAUGUAUGUAACUGAAAAGGUCAGCCAGGGGACCUGUUGUGUCAGACUUGCCAACUACAGUAAGUGCUUAAGCCCUGCCUGCUGAUCUGAGGAAUGUGUUCACAGCCAACUAGGGUGAAGUACCUGCACACUGUGACCUCUAGUCCUUUAAAUAUCCCCACAAACUGAUGCACACAUUAAGAUUAAACCUGUGUGUGCCUCGUAUAUGUGUGUAAACAAACUAUUUUAUGUGCAUUAUGAUGACACACACAAGACUGGAAACUUAUUUUACUAAAACAAGUGUUUUGUGUAUUAAAUUACUUUGUAAGGAAUAGUAAAAAUUUGCUUCACUUGACUGGGAAACACUGAAUGACGACCAUUGAGUUGUACAGCGCAAAUAUGAAACUAAAGCAAAUGCAGGCUCCCAGCAGGAUUGUUUUUAUGGUUCAAAUUUAGCAUGGGUGGCCAGUUUAAGGUCUUUUUGCAUUAUGCAUUUCAGAGACGGUCAGCGUCCUGGCUCAGCCAUAGUGCAAAAUCAAGUGCACUUAGGAUACAUGGUGGGCAUUACAGAUUAAUACGAGCCACUCUUCAGGUGUUGUUAAUGGGACCUGAUGGAUGAUGCAUUGUUUGAAGAAAAAUAUACAAAAAGCCCUUAAACUAGUUUUUCAAAAA